AUGGUCCUCACCUUAGACUCAGAAGGUCCUCACCUCAGACUCACAAGGUCCUCACCUCAGACUCACAUAGUCUUCGCCUCAGACUCACAUGGUCCUUACCUCACACCCACAUGGUCUUCACCUCAGACUCACAUGGUCCUCACAUGGUCCUCACAUCAGACUCACAUGGUUCUCAGACUCACAUGGUUCUCACCUCAGACUCAGAUGGUCCUCACCUUAGACACAGAUGGUCCUCACCUCAGACUCACAUGGUCCUCACCUCAGACUCACAUAGUCUUCGCCUCAGACUCACAUGGUCCUUACCUCACACUCACAUGGUCCUCACCACAGACUUACAUGGUCCUCACUUCAGACUCACAUGGUCCUCACAUGGUCUUCACCUCAGACUCACAUAGUUCUCACCUCAGACCUCAUAUGGUCCUCAUCUCAGACUCACAUGGUCCUCACUUCAGACCUCACAUGGUUCACACCUCAGACCCACAUGUUCUUUACCUCAGACCCACAUGGUCUUCACCUCAGACUCACAUGGUCCUCACCUCAGACCCAUAUGGUCCUCACCUCAGACCCACAUGGUCCUCACUUCAGACUCAUAUGGUCCUCACCUCAGACCCAUAUGGUCCUCACUUCAGACUCACAUGGUCCUCACUACAGACUUACAUGGUCCUCACUUGA